AUGACCGAGCAAAUAUCACACAAGAAGGAGAGUAGAGCGAAGAGGGCAGAAGAAGAGCAGUCGACGUUGAAACCAAUUACUGUGGAUGUCUCGAAGAGACAGCUGUUGAAAGAUUACUAUAAGCUUGAUGAUGAAGAAACAGAAGAAGAAGCUUCAAAAGAGAUUAAAGAAGAGGGAAAUGGCUUCAAUGAAGAGGAGAUGACAUUGAAAGAAUUGUUGGUUGUACAUAACAAGCUUAUUGGCAAAGAGAUUGAGAUGAAUAAUCUAAUCAAGGACACUAUCUACGACAACUACUACGAUCUGAUCAAGGUAAACAAUUUAUUAAAGAACCUCAAUGAUAACGAGAACAUAGCGGUGACAAGUUUCUCAAGAUUGCAGAGCCUCAUUGAUGAAAUGUCUAAAUAG